AUGUCGACCGAUAUUUCACCCUACUCGCAAAUUCACGUGGACCCCGUUAAUGGUUAUCCUUCAGACAAGAAGAGCUGCGGCGAUUCCUCUGGUACGGCCAAAUACGAAGAUCUUGUCCGAAGCUCUGCCCUCUUCUGGGAGACGCUCAAAGCUCUGCUCGGAUGUUCCAUCAACACUUUGAAGGUUCCUACUGUGGGAGGAACCAGUCUCGAUCUGCAUCGGCUUUUCGUCGAGGUUACGUCUCGAGGUGGCAUUGAAAAGGUUAUCAAGGAUAGGAAAUGGAGAGAAGUGAUUGGUGCAUUCAACUUUCCGAAUACGAUAACGAGUGCAUCAUUUGUCUUGAGGAAGUAUUACCUCAAGUUCCUUUACCAGCUGGAGCAUGUGUACUACUUUCAAAAGCCAGCUUCUUCCAUCCAGUCAACAGAUGAAGCAAUGAAGAACCUUGCCAGUGCAUCCCCAAACCCUGAGGAAGGCAUUGAUGAACCACAAAUUGGGUGUUCGGUUCAUGGAUACAUUGAUGGGAAAUUUGAGAGUGGGUAUCUGGUGACGAUGAAGAUAGGCUCUCAAGAGCUGAAAGGUGUGCUUUACCACCUGGCUAAACCACCAAGCCAGCCCCAGCCAACCGUGGAAGCACCACCUCCUUCAGCCACAGGACCAUCAUCACAACGCCGGCAUAAGAAGAAAUCAAGAUUGGCUAUAGUUGAUUCUCAGAAACCCAAAUGCCACAGGAGUGGCUACAACUUCUUCUUCGCUGAGCAGUACGCUAGGCUGAAACCUCAGUACCAUGGACAGGAGCGUUCUAUCACCAAGAAGAUAGGACACAUGUGGAGCACUCUCACUGAACCUGAGAAACAGGUUUAUCAGGACAGAGGAGUUAAGGAUGUGGAGAGAUACAGAACUGAGAUGUUGGAAUAUAAAUCUUCUCAUGAGUCUGGAGCUGCUGCUGCUUCUGCUUCUGCAGCAGCCACAGUGCCUCAGUAG